UUAUGAUGAGCAUCUAUUUUGGUAGAUCAUUUCCAAGAUCUAAUUCCAGUUUUUUCUUAUUUAGUGGAAACGCCUUACAAUCUGAAGUUUUACGCUUAAGGGAAGAAAUGUUCUUGGUGGAUGCAGGACCUGGGACCCCCAGAAUUUGUAUGCAAGAUGAGCCUACAGGAGUGCCAAUCAACCGAGCCAGCAGGCUUGAGAAUAAGGUUGGAUACCUGGAUCUAGUGGCCGGUGAAUCACUGAUCAAAGAGAAGAUUUUGGAGAGAUUCUUCAUCGAUCUAGUGGCCGGUGAAUCACUGAUCAAAGAACGAGCAGCCGCCAGGUUUAAUGAUUUGGUUGGAUCCCUGGAUGUAGUAGCUGGUGAACCGCUUCUUCUUCUUCCACGAAGAUUCAGACAAAACCGAGCUUGGAUGGAACUGAACAAGAUUUGGCGAACGAAUAAAAAGGUCAAAGGCUUUCUUAUUGAGAAAGGAAAAAGAGGUUAUUCAGUAGCCAUCGCAGGUUUCAUUACUUUUCUUCCAUUCCGUCCUCACAUAAGGAAAAGGAUAAAAAAUGAUCGAUUCAGCAUUGAGAGCAUUAACCCAAAAAGGACGAAUAUUGUGGUGUUCUAAGAGCGGCAGAUCAAACAAGAACUUGAGGAGCUUGCCAGGAUGGCUUGGUAAGCAAGCAACCACUGAUGUAGGCGCCAACUCCCAGUUCUUUUCUCUUCUUUCUUUUUUAGUUUAGUGA